AUGUCCGGCUCACAGCUCGACAGCGCCACCGCUGCUGCCACCAUGACAUCCACGGCCGUUUCUUCGGCGUCCGCUGAGCCGUCGCCGCCGACCGGGUCGUCAUCAACCGCGAUAAUGCCGUCCUCCCUGACGGCACUGGCGCAGCAACAACAGCAGCGGCUGCUCGUCUCAUCACUGCUGCCAUGUGACGGCCCUCUCCAAUACGUAGACCCGACUGCUGAUGGCCUACCUGGUGCCAGCUCAUCAUGCGAUGAGGAACACAACAGUUGUACGCGGCCUGACGCCGCUCAGCAUGACAGGGCUGUAUCGAUGCGGGUGCCCCAUGUCACAGCGCACGAGCGCAGCGAACAUGCCAGCAAUGAUCCCGGCCCUUCUCCCCCUUUCCUUCCCGCCGCAGCAGCGCGGCUGGGGAGUCGAAGUGCCGACGCCGCCUACGCCACUUCGCACUUGGACCACGAUGGCGCGGCAGACUGCGCAACGUCCUCUUCGAGCACCGCAACGGCGUCGACGACCUCCAUGUACGCCGCUGAGACUUGCGUACUGAGAGACACACUGCCGGCUCCGCCCAUGCAGGAUCAGCCAAGCUCAGAGGGUGCCGUUGACGCUACCGACACGCGGCACAGCUCUUCGUCCCUUGUAAACGCGGGCAGUGACGCAACACUCGCCAUGACUGGCAUAAGGAGCGCGGCUCCUAGCUCGCUGCUCAAGGCGCAGUCGAUCUCCCUGCAACCGAAGGAGACUGCAAGAGACGCUAUAGAUGCCGUAUCGCGGGGCUCUGCAGGGCAGCAGCCCAGCGCAGGUGGGUGCCUGACAACGAUGAUGACGACGGCCACCGCCACCAACACCACCACAGCAGCAAGCGAAUUGCCUCGCACGAUGCUGCCUGACACGCUGUCGGCGUGCACCACCGUGAAGGGGUCCGAGACGUUGUCAUCUCAAGCGGGGUCGCUGAUGCUGCCGCUGAACGAUGGCGCGCCGCCGAGUUGCUCGACGAAGGCGGCAACAGCGGCCCUGUCAGGGCCGCGCCGUGAGAAGCGACGCCCGCCAUCACUCUUUUCAAGCUCGCCGGCGACGACUUCUCUGACCGUUGCCACGAGACCCGUGCUGAUCACGCCAGCUGUCGGCAGACAAGAGGAUCGAUCACUCGCGACGUCAGUGACGCAGGCGGCCUCUUCUGUCUCUCAAACCAACCAGCCCGUGCACGGGCAGGUGCAGCGGCCGCCUGCGCCUCUGCCGCGCACACCUGGCGUACCCAGCCCACUAUCUUCGACUAUCGUCUCAUCUGUGUUACCGACGCACGGCAACGGCGGUGGCGAGGAGGCCGCAGAUGGAGAGCGACUAAGCACGCUUGCGGUCAGGCGAGACUUGCACGAGUUGGCGGCGGCACGGUUGCCCAUGAAUCCCGCCCCCUACGCGCCUACGCACGUGAAGCUGCCGGCAGUCUUGCCCACAACAUCACCGCCGCUCCGAUCCGGCCGGCCGGCCCACCCUCUCGUUGCUCAGCAGCACCGUGCCGCAUGUGAAAGCCAAGGGGGCCUCACCGGCAGCAGUGGUGCAUCGACGGCGGCUCACCACAGCGCGGCGGGCGCCAUCACCUCGACAGCCAUCGCACCAGUUACGACGCCGUCGAGUGCGACAAUGUCUCGCUACGGAUCCUUUCAAGCCGGCUACGCUUCCAUCGCUGCCGCUGGCGGUGCUGUCACACCGAACGCGACACCGCUGUUAAGCAACAACAGCUUGUGCGGGUUCGCCAACCACUGCGGCGCCGGCAGCUUCGGCAGUGGCAGUGCGCCAGCGGCGUCGCUCAGCACCGCGACCUCCACCGCUGCUGCCAACCGACUUCAGCCGCCUUCGGCAGCGCGUCUAUCGGUGACUGGCACGGGUGGUGGCGGUGGUGGCGCUGCUGCCGGGGUCGUGUCACCACUUUCUCUGUCCGGGGCUGCUGCGACUGCUCGCACAGUGCGCCGCCGCGUACCGCCGCCGUUGCUGUUCCGUCUUCGCUCUCCGGUCGGCCCAGCGCCGCCCAGCGCUGCCGUCAGCGCGAACGAUACAAGCGGUGAGAUGACCUCUCCUGGAUCAGCUGCGCCGCCCUCUUCAGCGAGCCGAACCGCCACCUCGGCUGCCGCUGCUGCUGCCAGCGCUGGUGCCUGCUCCUCAGUGCUGACCACCCCUCCGCUGAAUUCGCGGUCCAUGGGGAUGACCAUAAACAGCGGCAGCGCAAGCGACUUGGCGAGCACGAUGGCAGAUCGACCCGCACGCGGAAGCGGCUGCAACCCCCCGGCCACAUCCGCUCCAUCGGGCCCGUUCGCCCGCGCCAAUGGAAGCGUAGCCCAGAACCUGAACACCUUUUCCUCUAGCACCCGCAGCGGCGGCCUCGUGCGCAUCUCACACGAUCGUCGCACCCUCGUCGCAGGGAUGUUCCGCGUGUCGCGGGACGGCUGCCUCACGGUGCGUAACAUGCUUCUUCUCAACCCGACCCGCAUCGACGCCGGCAGCGCCACUGGCGGCGCGGCCGGGCCAGGCGGCACCUGUGGCAGUUUUAUGGGCAGCAGCACAGCCGGAGCUGGCGGUGGUGGCAGCAGGAGUCGACCACUACAGCUGCUGCACCCGCAGCGAUCUGCGACCAGCUACUCGCCCGUGAGCAGCAACGGCGGCCUUGUGGGGCGCAUGCAACUACUCGGUCCCGGCGGCGGCGGCAAUGACCUCGGGGGUGGUGGGGGUGUUGGCGGCGGCGCAGGUGGACUAGGCCCCAUGACACCGAACACAACCGGCUCCGACUGGUACUCGCCCCAUGCAUACCACGGCGGCGGCGGCGGCGGGUCGGGCAACGCGCGCAACAUGCACCACAGCGGCGGUGGAGGAGGAGGCACCAACACCACGGCGAACGCGUCUUUCACUCUCUUCUCUACUAGCAUGGACACGCCCUUCAGCCCGAUCACGUACUCGAUGGACAGCCAGCGGCUGGCGCUCCCAAGCCCCUUCGGUGCGCACCACGAUCGAGCCGGUGCUGCCGCUGGGCCACCGCCGCAGCUCCUGGGCACGCUGUGCGACGACACUGCGGCCUCUCACUUCCUCAGCGCGAGCGGCUCCCCACGUCAGCAGCCGCAGCAGCAUGAAGGCUUGCUGCCUGGCGCGCAUCACGUGACAGAAACCAACGCUUCGCCUACCCGAAGCCUUGGCUUCGGCAUGAUGACCGGUGGUGCCCCUGCUGCUGCGCCGCUGCAGCAGGUCGCCACACCCAACUCCACCACCACACUUGGGCGGCCUUCUGGCGGCAGUGGUGGCAACAUCUGCCACGCGCAGCGGCGGUGUCAGGCGAGCAACGGUUGGCUGCCGGGGGCGCUUGGUGCCACGAACACGGCCUCACCGCCGCCCCCAUUCGCGACCGCAGGCGGCACAGCGGGCAUGUUAGGCGCCGGUGCCUUUACAGACACCGACACAGCGAACAGCCUGCUGCUGCCCUACGUCGAUAUACCAACCGAUAGAGGCGGCAUCGCCUCGACGACUGCCGGCAGCUGCGUGGGCAGCCCGUCCGGGCAUACAAACCCUGGUGGCUGCCGCACCACCACGACAGCAGCAACGACGAUGACGGCCGCCUCCCCGAUGAUGGGCGGAUCAGGGACGACUCAGAAUACGUCGUUCCCGCCGCUGCCGCCAAACGUGGUUUGGCUACGUGACCUCGACAUCCUCUCGACGACUUGCGGUGAAGGCGCCUCGGCGACGGUGUUCGUCGCGAUACACAAGCCCACCGGCCGUCGCCUCGCCGUGAAGCGGGUGGACCUCUCCCCACUGUGCCUGGGCUGCUCCUCGCCGUUCCUGCGCAGCGGUGCCGUCUCGAGCGGUCGCAUCAACCAGCUUCAGCGCAUUGUGAUUCGCGAGCUGCAGGUGCUGCACCUCACUUACCGCAGCCCAUUCAUGGUCAAAGUUUACAACGCCUUCUUCCUCGCCGAGGUGGCGGCGCUGGACAUUGUGAUGGAGUUCAUGCACUACGGCAGCCUCGAUCACCUCGCCGACUGCUUACAACAGCAUGCGCGGAUGGUGCGAGGGUCGCAACAAGAGCGUCACCGUCUGCUCACCGGCGACGAUGAUCAUGACGACGGUGACGGUGACGGCGGCGGCCGCUGCGGCAGUGCGCAUGGUGGUAGCCCACCCGUUCCGCCUCUCCUCUGUGACGCUCCCGAGGCACCGCAGGUUGCUGAGGGCUCUCUGAAGGAUGCCUCGGCGGCUGGCGUUGGCAGGAGCGGCAGUGGCGAAGGUGUCGCCGCCGCCGACGCCGAGUGGCGUCCAUCUAUGACCAGCACCUCACCUACGCUGCUCGACUCUCAGCGUACUCUCGCAGAGUGGGCACUGCCGUCGGCGCCGAGGCCGUGCAUAUCAAGAGUCCUCGGCACUACCGGUAGCAGCGGUGUGGACAGCAUGGUAUGCGACGGCGGCGGUGUGCCGUGCCACCCCCUCACCGGCGGCUACAAGCACAUCUACGACAGCAAUGACAGCCUUCUGCUCGACUCGUACUCCGUGAAGAGCAACUGCGGCACAGACGACUCGGAGUCGGACGACGGCAGCGGUCUCGUCGAGGAACCCCAUGGCGUCACAGAGCGCCUGGUCGCUGUUGUGGGGGAGCAGCUGCUGCGCGGUGUCCGCGACAUGCACUCCCGCGGCUACAUCCAUCAAGACAUCAAGCCCGGUAACGUCCUUGUGAAUGAGCACGGGGUCGUGAAGCUCAGCGACUUUGGGCUGUCGCAGCGCUGCGACAGCAACGGCGUCGGCAUCAAGAACGACAUGCUGACCUACAUGCCACCCCCCUCCGUCGCCCCGACGCAGUCUAUCACGCCUCUGCAGUCACCGUCGCUUACUGCUUUGCCACUGACAGGCGCACGUGGCCGUCGCGCGCCGUACGCCUGGCGCGCUCAACGCGGCAGCAUCGGCGCAGGCAUCAGCGGACAGCUCGGCAGCGUCAUGGUCGGCACGACCCCGCCCGAGAUGGGGAGCUCCGCAGAGGGGUUGGUGUUCAGCACCACAAACAGCCUGCUGGCGCAGCGCGACGGCAUGGAUGUGCUGGAGGCGGAGUCAACAUCGUCGGAGGAGAGCCCCGGCGAAUGGGACGGUACCCGAAGGGGCAGAAGCGGGCUCAACCCAUCGUCGUCGUCGUCCGACGACGCCGGGGACUGCUGCGGCACCGACAAGUACAUGAGCCCCGAGCGCCAGCGCGGCGAGCCGUACGGCAAGCCCGCUGACAUCUGGGCCGUUGGCGUCACCCUCGCAGAGUUCGCGGUGGGCGAGUACCCCUAUGACCUCAAGGACGUCAUUGACGAGUUUGACCGCGUGUCGCGGAUGGAUAAGCCGGUGGAUGUAUUGCAGUUCAACAAGCACCGCGCUGUACCUCUGGGCACCGUCUUCGCGGACUUCUGCCGACUGGCAACACUGCCGACAGGUUCGCAGCGGCCGACGGCGCAGGAGCUGCUCGAGCACCCCUUCUUCAAGCAGUGGCACCGUCCGUUUAACCUCAAGGACUACCUCGCUGCCCGCGUGCCCGUGCCGUCGAACCGCCUGAAGGAGGACUACCUUGCGAAGCAGCGCGAGCGCCCGCCGGAGGGGCAGCAGCCGGCCGGGCCGUCGGGCUAA